ACGGAUUGAGCAAGACUGCAAAACCACGAGACUGUUGCGCACGCAUGCAGGAUGACCCCAACACCCACACUAAUUAGGUAAUAAUUUAGAUACAGCUGGAUAUUUAGCGAAUGGCGGCAACAUCCAGCUCUUGUGACAGUUUCAGAGUGUGGGAGUCGGUUCUUCACCUGCGGAUCUACAUGACGCCUCUCAGCGACGAGGAGAUAAUCAGUUCUCCUUAGUAAGUGGCGCUAACUAAAUUAACUCACCAGCCAACGGGGUUACUGAAGUCGACGGCACAUUUCAAGCAAAGGUGAACUCUGGUGGCAAAUCAGGCCUGUGCCCAGACUGCAGUGGAACCUCACUGGGGGCCUCCGGGGUGCUUGCCUUGCUAAAAGGCACAACAGCAGCCCAAGAAUUGGGCGUGAAACCAGAGCCACUCCAGCUGUAUUGUACUGUAAGGCGCAAUCAAGGCUAAAGCAAGAGCAUUCACUCCCACCGAGCGUCUUCUUGCGAAACGGCGAGUUUGCACAUUCAAGGACAGGCUGUGUGAAUUUCCUGUUUUGAAAAGGAGAGGGACUGGAUUGCAAAAUCAUCAAAAAAAUCCAGGGCACUAAUUCAGCAACCGUGAAAAAAAAAAACGCUUGGGCAACAUGGAAACUGUCAUCUGGUGCCCUCCACUGGGGCAGUGCAAGCUCAGACUGAGCCGAGUCCUCACGCCGCACCGCGCCGUGUGCCUUUAAAAGGUUGAACUCCACUCCACGAUUUUUUAGCAUUAAAUUGUUUUUCCCAGUCAUCUAUCUACCUUGCAGCAGUGACAUGGCAUAGAGGCGGCGUACCGUCAACAGCAUCCUGCACCAUGGACGCUUUCCGACAGCCGAGGCGGCGCCGGGGAGCCUGUGCUACACCAGAGACGAUGUUGUCCGCUUUGAUUAUCCUGCUGAACACGAUCCGUGGGAUGAAGGCAGAGGACGACGGAAUGGAGGAACUUGCCACUGAGAAAGAAGCCGAGGAAAGUCACCGUCAGGACAGCGUUAAUCUGCUGACAUUCAUUUUGCUGCUGACCUUAACGAUCCUCACGAUAUGGCUCUUCAAACACAGACGGGUCCGGUUCCUCCACGAAACCGGGCUGGCAAUGAUAUACGGUUUGCUGGUGGGUGUGAUUCUACGCUACGGCAUCCCUGCCACGAGCUACCACAACAAAACCCCACCAAGCUGCUCCCUGAAGGAAGGGCCUGUCAGCACCCUGCUGCUUAAUGUCAGCGGCAAGUUCUUUGAGUACACCCUCAAAGGCGAGAUCAACUCUCGUGAGAUUCACAACGUGGAGCAGAAUGACAUGCUGCGCAAGGUUACAUUUGACCCUGAAGUUUUCUUCAACAUUUUGCUGCCUCCAAUCAUUUUCCAUGCUGGAUACAGUCUAAAAAAGAGACACUUCUUCAGGAACCUGGGCUCCAUCAUAACAUAUGCUUUCCUGGGCACUGCCAUCUCCUGUUUCGUUAUUGGGAACCUCAUGUACGGUGUGGUCAAACUGAUGCAAGUGGUUGGACAGCUGACUGAUAAGUUCUACUACACCGACUGCCUUUUCUUUGGAGCCAUCAUUUCUGCCACAGACCCAGUGACGGUGCUGGCCAUCUUCAACGAGCUCCACGCAGACGUCGACCUCUACGCUCUGCUGUUUGGAGAAAGCGUUAUGAACGAUGCAGUGGCCAUUGUGCUUUCCUCGUCUAUCGUGGCCUACCAGCCCAGUGGAGCCAACACACACAUGUUUGAUGCCUCAGCUUUUUUCAAGUCUGUCGGUGUUUUCCUGGGCAUUUUCAGCGGCUCCUUCGCCAUGGGUGCAGUGACCGGGGUCGUCACAGCCCUCGUGACCAAGUUCACCAAGCUGCACUGUUUCCCGCUGCUGGAGACGGCGCUCUUCUUCCUCAUGUCCUGGAGCACCUUUCUGCUCGCCGAGGCCUGUGGAUUUACAGGUGUUGUGGCUGUCCUGUUCUGUGGGAUCACGCAGGCUCACUACACCUACAACAACCUCUCCGAAGAGUCCACAAAGCGCACCAAGCAGCUCUUUGAGGUCCUGCACUUUCUGGCUGAGAAUUUCAUCUUCUCCUACAUGGGCUUGGCUCUGUUCACCUUCCAGAACCACAUUUUCAGCCCUAUCUUCAUUGUCGGAGCUUUUAUUGCCAUUUUUAUUGGACGAGCCUCCAACAUUUAUCCCCUCUCCUUCCUUCUCAACCUCGGCCGCAGGCACAAGAUAAAGGGAAACUUCCAGCACAUGAUGAUGUUUGCAGGCCUGCGGGGGGCGAUGGCUUUCGCCCUGGCCAUCCGGGACACGGCCACCUACGCCCGCCAGAUGAUGUUCACCACAACGCUGCUCAUUGUCUUCUUCACUGUCUGGGUGUUUGGUGGCGGGACGACACCCAUGCUGUCCUGGCUUCACAUCAGAGUUGGGGGCAGCAAAGCAUUGCAGAGACAGCACCGUCAUUAUGAAAAGUGGCAGUACAUGAGGGUCGGAGUGGACCCAGACCAGGAUCCACAGCCCUCUGGAGACAACUUCCAGGUCCUGCAUGGGGACGGGCCCCAGGCUGAAGGACAAAGUAAAACCAAACAGGAGAGUGCCUGGCUCUUCAGACUGUGGUACACCUUUGACCACAAUUACCUGAAGCCCAUCCUGACGCACAGCGGUCCGCCCCUCACCACCACUCUGCCCAGCUGCUGUGGACCACUGGCACGCUGUCUGACCAGCCCGCAGGCAUAUGAGAACCACGAGCAGCUGAGGGACCACGACUCGGACCUCAUCCUCAACGACGGCGACCUGACCCUCACCUACGGUGACACCGCCAUCACAGCCAACGGGGCGUCUGGCGGCAGCGGGGCAGAUGCGCCCGGGGGUUCAGGCUGGAGCGUGAACGGAAAACGGAGCGGCAGCACCUCAGAGGAGGCGCUGGAGCGUGAGCUUGACUCCCGUGAGCAGGAGCUGCUGAGCCGAGGCACACGCCUUGUUUUCCCCAUCGAGGAUCAUGUCUGACCGUGCCCUCACCCCACCUCUCCCCCUGUGCCAUUGCCUCACUGACCCCCGAACCGCCUCACCCUCAACUCUCCACAUACCUCACUCCUGCAGGCAGUCCAGAGAUCAGAUGAAGUGGAGAGAUGUGAGUAGAUGGAGGAGGAGGGAUGAGGGGAAGGUUCAGAUCGACUCUGAGCUCCAGGCCCGGGAGCAGAGCUUAAGAAGGAGCAUUUCAUCGUCAUUACUGAACUGGAGUCGAGGCUCCAGGAAGACAUGUGCCCGUCAGAAGAGGAACACUCCAUGCUGUUAUACUGUGAUUCAGUCUUACUGACUCUUUUCAUUUUGUUUUUUUCUGCAUAAAUAGGAGGGAAUCCCCUUACACAGAAUUUAGGGACAGUUUGCCCUUGUGUGAGAUUCAGUCUGCACUUUUGAAUAUGUAACAUUUUGUGUGUUUGGUUUGAAUCGAAAAGAUGUAGAAAAAGAAAUGAUCUCCGUCGGCACUCUUUCAUCACGUGUCUCAACUAAUUUGUCUUUACAGUUUAUCAACUAUCACUGAGAAAAUGCUGAGUGGCCUCUUUGCUUGCUAUUCUCAAGAUCAUCAUCAGCCUCAGCAAUCAUAGCCCAUUAAGAUAUGGCAGUGAGGCUUUAGAAACAUUAUGUGAGAUCUGAAUAUUCAUUUUCUAUCAAACUACGGGUUCAGCAAAUGUGGUAGUGAAGAUCUUACAUCCACACAGAAGUGUCUGUGUGGUGGAGAUUGAGGCAUUUGAGGGGGACAGUGAAUCGUUUUUCCCUCUAACUACCACAACAGUGUGUCAAGGGUGAACUGACAUGGGUGAAGAAUGCAAGCAUGUAAAUACAAUGCCGAUCUUUGUUUUGUCCCCAGUGGAAUUGCUCCUUUCAAUGCAUUACGUCCUAUGACUGUUACGAAUAGCAUUUGCGUGUCUCGUCUUUGUUGUAUUUCUUUGAUCUAUACUUUUUAAAUGUACUGGGCAGGCAGUUUUUUUCACAACAACAAAAAAUAGUAAUCAUAUUGAUCUGUGAAAAGGAACUGAAUAGUCUUUCUGCCAGUUAUGUUGAAGUCCCUCUGGAGAUAAUGCUGAUUUCUUAUGAAAUUAUACAACUUUUGCGCUAUUGUUAUGAGAUAUGCACUGUAAGUUAAAGGGCAGUAUAAAUGUCGGGUUGUAAACUGAAGGAGAGAGUUGCAUCAUAAUUUGGCAUGUUUUGCACAAAUCCUACAUCCCAAACUGAUAAAAAAAAGAAGAA